AUGACGGGCAAAGCGGGCGCGGCGCUGGCCCCCAGCCUGCCCGGCAAGCCCAAGCCCGACGGCGCGGCCGCCGCCCCCGCCGCCCCGCCGCUGCCUCCGCCGCCCCCCGCGGCUGGGGUCAAGUCCAACUCCGGGCCCACCCCUCCCCGCUGCACCGGCUUCGGCAUCCAGGAGAUCCUGGGCUUGAACAAGGAGCCGCCGUCGCACCCUCGGGCCGCCCUGGACUCUCUGCCCGCCGGGCACCUGCUGGCGGCCCGCUCCGUGCUCAGUCCCGCCGGGGUGGGCGGCGUGGGCAUGGGGCUGCUGGGCGCCAGCGGCAUCCCCGGCUUUUACACCCAGCCCACCUUCCUAGAGGUGCUCUCCGACCCCCAGAGCGUCCACCUGCAGCCGCUGGCCCGGGCCCCCGGGCAGCUGGACAGCAGCCAGACGGCCAGCUCAGAUUCCGAGGAUGUCUCCUCCAGCGACCGAAAAAUGUCCAAAUCCUCCCUAAAUCAGAGCAAGAAACGAAAGAAGAGGCGGCACAGGACAAUCUUCACAUCCUAUCAACUGGAGGAGCUGGAGAAGGCCUUCAAUGAGGCCCACUAUCCUGACGUGUAUGCUAGAGAGAUGCUGGCCAUGAAAACAGAGUUGCCAGAAGACAGGAUACAGGUUUGGUUCCAGAACCGCCGGGCCAAAUGGCGGAAGAGGGAGAAGUGCUGGGGCAGGAGCAGUGUGAUGGCUGAGUACGGGCUCUACGGUGCCAUGGUGCGUCACUCCAUCCCGCUGCCUGAGUCCAUCCUCAAGUCUGCCAAGGAUGGCAUCAUGGAGUCCUGUGCCCCUUGGCUCCUGGGGAUGCACAAAAAGUCUCUGGAGGCAGCGGCUGAGGCGGGGAGGAAGACAGAGGUGGAGCGCCAGGCCCUGCCCAAGCUUGACAAAGGUGAAAAGGAAGAAAGGGGUCCUGAUCCCAAAACCACCAUUUCCCAGGAGGAACUGAGAGAAAACAGCAUUGCUGCCCUCAGGGCCAAAGCUCAGGAGCACAGCACCAAAGUCCUGGGAACCAUUGCCGGGGACAGCCCAGCCCCAGGCAGGAAGCCGGAGACAGGGGAGGAGGCGGCCGUGGCAGAGGACGAGAGACAGAUGGAGAAGCUGAACUCAUCGCAGAAGGAGGAGAAGCUGAUCUAGGGGCAACAGAGGUGGCAGCAGCCAGCCCUGACAGACACUGUGUCCUCUGGGGACCAUGUUCCCCCUUGGACUGCCAGGUGUCCCUGGCCACCCCUGCCAGGGAGAGGGGCUCUGCUCUCUGUGUUUGGGGCUGCCUGGCAGGGGUGCCCACCACCUGCUCCCCUUGAGCACACCCCUGCCCCUCGCUCCUCCACCCCAGCAGGCCUUCCUCACCCCCCACCCCUUCCUUUUGGGGAACUGGGAAGUGUCACAUCAUCGCUGCCAGCAAUGACACUAAGGCUCUGGUCCCUUCAGCCUCACACCUGGCUCUGGGGCCUUCUCCUUCUGCUGCAGCCCCAAAUCCCACUGGCCGUCCUGAAGCAAGCCUAUUCCCUGCUGCCACACCUCUCCUUGGUGCACAGCUCUGCCCAGUGCUGCCCAGCCCCCUCCUCUUGUGCCCUGUCCCACUGUGCCCCAGGCAGACACGUCACCUUCUGCUGGCCAUCGCCUCUGCCUGUGGCCCAGGCUGCAGCAGGACAAGCCCAUGGCAGAGCUUGCAUGAAACGAUGACCAUCCAUCUAGGGUGGCUUGCAUCUUCCACCCAUCUCUCCCUGCUCAGCACUAAGGUCUGCAGGGAAGGGACUGCAGUUAAAGAGCAGUUAUGUUUUGCCUCUCUUUGGCAGGGAGAGGCAGGUUUAGCCCACAGGCACAACACCCUGGUCCCACCUGGCACCCUGCGCUAAUCCCAGCCCAUUUCACCAGAUCCUGCAGGGCUGGGUCUGACUCUGCACCAAACACCAAAACCCUACACCCCUGCAGAGGGGAUGAAUGGUGAAUUUAUUUAUUGAAUACAUUAUUCCAGGUGAAACAACAACAUCCACCUAAUGUAUUUAUUGAAUUAAAUUUGUCCAGCGCACCCUCUGAGUGUUAAAGGGAAUGACAGCCAUGCACAUCCAUCCUGACACACCCUGUAACAUGUACAUACAUCCCACAGGAGCACAUGCAGACCCACACAGCCAAACUCACUCCAUGGUACCAUCACCUUUUCAUCCCAGUGAAGCACGAUUCCCCCUCCGAAAGCCGUAGGACAGUGACUUCCAGGUGACCCUUUCUGUCCUGCUUUCAGCUGUGAGCACCCUUUCCCCAGAGCUAGUUUCUCUUCCAUCAGAGGUUAAGCCCAGACAUCCAAUCUGUUUGUCUUUGUCCCCUGAUCGUUUGACGUGUUAGAUGAUAGCCCAUGGAGUGUAAAUAAUGUAUAUACAGUGAGAAAAUAAUUCAGUAUCGAGGUGUUUGAGAUAUGGAGCUGUAACAACUUCUAGUCAUCCAGCAUCUGUGAUUUAUGUGCCAUUUUCUGUAAAGAUAUGAAGAAGAAUAAAACUAAACAGGAAUACUGUGUAUGAGUCCAGUCACCAAUGUUAAAGAAGGGCGAGUUCAGCCAGAGCUCAGAGGGAGUUGGAUGCCAUGCUGUAGCCAGAGAGACAUUAGAGAUCCAAAGCAGCCAGAGGUCUGCACUUCCCUCCCCACUGGGGCAUGGAAGAGAUGGGGUCUCUCUCUGCAGUGAAAUACAAAACUGAAAGGGGUGUGCUUGUACUUGGAACAGAAGUUACAGCAUACAGCUGGUGAAAGAAAAGUCACUUCAGCAUCCGGAGCAGCCCUGGUGCUUUGGGUCACCCCAUGUCACGUGUGCCCUGGUGUUCAGAGAGUUGGACAGUCCUCCAGGCAGGCUCAGCCUCUGCCAGGAGAGGCUGCAUGGCCCUGCUGGCCUGAGGCCCUGGGCCAGCAGCCAGACACCACAAGUGCAGGGGAGCUGGUUGAGAGGGAAGAGCACCCAUGGGAUUUCCAGCUAGGGUGAGCUCCAAUUCGAGAGCAAUGGAAGCCUAUUCUGGGUUACCAGGCACAGUGGGUUUAGUGCCAAACACCAAUGCAUCCACUAGAAUUAUUUACUCAUUUCCUGCUGUGAGAUGGAUUGGGAGCAGGGCAAAACAGGCUCAAAACUUUAAAGGAUAUAAAGAAAACUUUAUUACCAGAAUCAAAAGAAAAAUAUAAAAAGAAAAUGAGAAUAAACCUUCAGAACACUCCUCCUCCCCCCACAUCCUCUUUUCUUUCCCACUGAAAAUGUAAAGAGACAAAAUUUGGGACUUUCAGUUAGUUUGUCACCUUUAAACCAGUCUUUCUUCAGUUCUCUUAGGGAGAGGAGUCUCUCUUGCCAUGUCAUGGAGACUUCUCCACAAGAAACAGUUCUCUCAUGGUUUUUAAUUUCCAUAGAUAGCAACCGCCUGGAAAUUUGCAAUCAUGAAGUCCCUCCCAUCUCUUGCAGCCUUCCCACAGGUGUGUUCAUGGGCCAUGUCAACUUACAGAGUACUAUAUUAAGGAUGAGCAUCUCCAGUAUAAAAGCAAAAAUUCUUUUCGUCCAUCUCUGGGAAUGGAGGUUUUCUUCUUUCUGCUCCUGGGCAAGGCUUCUCCUCUCUCUCUGUUCAAGCUUCUCAUUGGAUCGCAGCAGCUGCAACAUCUGCUUAUUUCAACACGAAUGCUUCUGCUCAUGGCUGUGGUUAGAAUGCUACAUUCCUCCCAACGCAUUCCAUGAAUUACAGGGGAAAAACAAAGUCUGAUAUAUCAAAUAUAUCUUCACCAUAGCCUUACAAAAGAAUUUCUAAACUAACGCCCAAAACUAAGGCGUCUCCUCAAUCCCCUCCCACCUAAGAGUUUGACUCCUUCACUGACCUCAGUGUCCCAUGUCGUUUUCUCUACGUGUCUUCACCCUUUCCUUUUCCUGAUUUGGGGGAGAACCGGAGUUUGUAGGCUCAUUUGUUCUCAUGCUUAAUCAAUUGAAACAGUUUUUCUAGAGCUCUGCAGUGCUGAAAGGUUGAUCUCAUCCAGGCCCUACAUCAGACAGAUCGCUCACUGUGCCUCUCACUGCUGAUUACGUGGUCUCUGCCGACACUGUGCGAGCUGUGCUGGCCGCUGUUCUACUCAGUGCUUUUCUUCACACGGAGCACCAAACCCAGGAAAAGCUGCUGCUGCCAUUUUUGUCCUUCUGCCCACAGCAUGGCUGGCUAAAAGCGGCUAAGCAAACAAAGUUCAUUGCGAGCCAUGCUGAGGAGCCACGGCCAUGCUCUGCUGUCCUGGUCGUGCCGAUUUUGGCCACGCAGUCCCGGCCAUGAGGCCGCUCCCGGUGCGGAGUGACAGCGGCCACUCCCUGGCUCUCCUGGCCUUGGGGCUGCACCCAGUGCCAACUGUGGGGUCACUCCCAGCGCUGGUCCUGGUCUCAUGGUUGCACCCAGCGUUGGGAUGGUCCCCAGCGGCACAGCCUGGCGAAGCCCCUGGCAAAAAAGGACCAACAGGCUCUGCCGGGAAGGGGCCCCAGCUGCCUCACUGGCACAGGGCCCGGCGGGCUUCACGGGAAGGGGCCAGUGCCACAGCAGUGCCCGGCGCGGCCCAGCCUAGCCCAGCCAGGCAAUUGCUCAAAUGGCGAAAGCCAAUAAAGCUUCGUACGGGCUGGAUUUGUUCGUUUUUAAACUCGCUUUUCCGCAGAGGCGUGUGCAACUCUUCUUGAGUGGCUUAAGCAGGUGUCAAUCUUCACACCCAGGCAGCUGAUUGGCUCUGCCGGCCCCA